ACUGCCAUCACAGUGAAAUUUGUUAGAAAUGUCAAACAGUUAAAAACGAAAGUUUGCGAAAAAAUUGUGUAAACAAAUAGAGACCAAGUUAAGUUAAUGUUUUGAACACAUAGGCGUUUCGUUACCUGGUAAGAUGGACAGAGCCAGAAGCAUAUUUGAGACAGUGCGCGACCACGAGGGCUACGUGGGUCGUGAAGAACAUACGCGCAAACUACAGACCUUGAAUUCAGAAGAUGAUAAUGGAGAGCUGCCGUCUAUGAUGGAAGAGUUGAGCAUAGCAGACGGACUGCGACCAAAUCCCGGUGGCCCAUUUUCAGCGUUAACACCUUCAAUGUGGCCACAGGAGAUCUUGGCCAAACUGGGCGGAGAAUCAGAGCUGGCUGCGGCUGGUCCGAAUGAUCAGCCAGAUUAUCGCUUUGAUGAGUUUGGAUUUAAAGUGGAGGAGGAAGAUGGUCCAGAGCAAAGCUCUAAUAAAUUACUAAGCAUACCAUUUCUAGAGGACGCACAACAGCGUUUGCAGUGGAUAGCACAUUUAGAGUUUGCGCAUAACAAGGAGGCAACAGAGCUGAGCUGGGAGAACGUUGAAUUGCUGCCACAACGUACGGAAAAAUUGAGAAAAAUGGUGCUUAAGGGUAUACCACAUAGUUUACGACCCCAAAUGUGGAUGCGUUUAUCCGGCGCACUAGCUAAGAAGCAAAAAAGCGAGACUAGCUAUCAGGAUAUUGUAAAGGCUUCCAGCAACGACCAGCUAAUGACCUCAAAGCAAAUUGAAAAGGACCUAUUACGGAUAUUGCCAACAAAUUGUUGCUUUAGCCAUCCAAAUGGAACGGGCAUACCACGAUUGCGUCGCAUUUUGCGUGGAAUCGCGUGGCUGUUUCCAGAUAUUGGCUACUGCCAGGGCACGGGUGUCAUUGUGGCUUGCCUCUUGCUCUUCAUGGAGGAGGAGAACGCUUUUUGGUUGAUGGUUACUAUUGUUGAGGAUCUGCUCCCAGCUUCGUAUUACAGCUCAACAUUGCUUGGCAUACAAGCGGAUCAACGUGUAAUGCAAACGCUCAUAGCCAACUAUUUGUCCAGUGUGGACGAAACGCUCAAACGGCAUGACAUUGAUUUGUCGCUUAUAACGCUGCAUUGGUUCCUCACUCUCUUUGCAAAUGUGGUGCAUAUGAAGCUACUGGUGCGCAUUUGGGACUGGUUCUUCUAUGAGGGCUCGAUAGUGUUGUUUCAGCUAACGCUGGGCAUGCUUAAAGUUAAGGAACAGGACCUGAAGCAUUUGGAAAACUCUGCACAAAUAUUUAAUUCACUUUCCAUGUGCUGUGAGGUGGACGAUGUGGAAGUACUGUUUCAUCAGGCGCUGGAGGUGGGCGGCUCGUUAAGUCAGACCGUUAUUGAUACGCACCGACGACGACAUUUGGCUUACCUGAUGGCCGAUCAGGGUCAUCAGAUUGGCAACCCAGAAGCAGCCUCGAAUCUUCCUAAACAGCAACUGGCACGCAGGCAAGUGCGUAAAAGUAAAUCCAUACUGGAAGCAUUUCUAUUUCGUAGCGAUCCUGAAGCUGAGCAGCUGAAGAACAAAAACAUUCGGCAAACAGAAAUAUUGGUAGAUCUGCGUGAGGCUAUCUUAAAAGUAGGACGCCACUUUAUUACCAUUGAGCCCAAGUUAUCGGGACAUAUACAGCUGACGGCCAACUAUAGCAGCGAAUCGCAUGCCAAGGAUCAUGAGAACUUUAUCAAUGUAUCACGUACACGAAAACGACGCGCCAAGGCGCUGCAUGACUUUGAGCGUCACGACGAUGAUGAGCUAGGCUUUAGACGCAAUGACAUAAUUACCAUAAUAAGCCAGAAGGAUGAACAUUGCUGGGUAGGUGAGCUUAACGGCUUGCGCGGCUGGUUUCCUGCAAAAUUUGUGCAACUGCUCGAUGAACGCAGCAAACUCUAUACCUCAGCUGGUGAUGACGCCAUAUCGGAAACGGUUACAGAUCUGGUACGCGGCACACUUGCGCCUGCUAUUAAAGCAUUCCUGGAGCAUGGCAUGAAACGACCCACAUUCCUGGGUGGUCCCAUACACCCUUGGCUUUUUAUAGAGGAGGUUUCAUCGCUCGAAGUGGAAAAGGACUUCAAGUCCGUGUACAGUCGGUUGGUGUUAUGUAAAACGUAUCGCUUAGAUGAGGACGGCAAAGUUCUAACGCCUGAGGAGCUGCUCUAUCGUUGCGUGCAAGCAAUCAAUCAAACACAUGACAAUGCACAUGCACAAAUGGAUGUCAAGCUGCGUUCACUCAUCUGCCUGGGCCUCAACGAGCAGGUGCUGCAUUUGUGGCUUGAAGUGCUUUGCGCCUGUCAAGAGGUCGUACAGAAAUGGUAUCACAGUUGGAGCUUUAUUGACUCUCCGGGCUGGGUUCAAAUUAAAUGUGAACUACGCAUACUUUCACAGUUUGCAUUUAAUCUGAAUCCGGAUUGGGAAUUGCCUCCCAAACAGGGCAAGGAAUCACAGCCGCUAAAGGAUGGAGUACGCGAUAUGCUGGUUAAGCAUCACCUGUUCUCCUGGGAUUUGUGAGUCCAGCAUUAGUUGCAACAUUAUUUUUUUUCAUUUGUAAAGGUUUUUCAUAAUUUAUAAAAAUGUUUACAAUCAUCCAUAUGUGCUUAUUCCACCCCUAAAUCCUAAGUAUUGAAUCUGAACAAAAUUCUAUGGAACAUUUAUGCUUUAGUACCUUAUUUUGUUAUGUGCAAUUUUCAAUUUUACGUAUGCUAAAAAUUUUUUAAAUACCUAUUACGCUCUGCAAGAAUAUCCAUUAUUCUUAUUAAAUAAUCCUUGUUAAUCUACGCUUAUAAUAUUAACUACAUCGGUAGCUUUAGCUAUUCUUUUAAUCAGAUGUAUCGUGCUAUUUAUUUACUUAAAUUAUCCAUCCAUAUUUGUAGCUCCCGCAUAUGAUAUACACACACAGAAUUACAAAUGUAACGUACCUCUGAAUUUAAAUCAAAUCUUA